AUGGUCAAAGAACCGACCGAGUUCCAGCAGCGCCGUCUUCAACGGCGCCUCGAGGAUCUGGAGGUCGAGACGUCGACCGUGUUCGAUCCCUCUGAUCGGGCCGGACAUCUGUGCCAGCAUUUUGGCAUAUGCGCAACCUGCUCAUCUUCGUCUACAUUGGCAAUCCAUUUACGACUAUCGCCCGCUCCAAGAUGUCGGGGUGUUGCAGAUUCUGGAGAGCUCUACGACGAGACGUCUUAUCGACUCGGGGCUGCCGAGGGAGUGGCCAUGGCGCUCUCAAUAUCACCACGUUUCGUGUGCCGCGAGGAGGAGCGCUAUAUCAACAGCACCUCACACCAGCACGACGAGGAAGCUGCCCUCGAGGCUCUCCGUGCGGCCAUCAGCGGAUCGGCGGACAAUGAGGCCGUUGUCGAGGCCUCCCCAUCGACCCACGCCGCCGAGUCCGCUGCAGCAGUGGAGGCGGCGGCUGCAGCCCUUGCUGGUCCCACACUCGUGUCCGCUGGCCAGGUCCAGUCACAGUCGCUCGAGAAGGCCGUCGCGCAGAUGCAGCAGCUGUCGGCGGCCAACCUCCAGUUGAUCGACAGCAUGAAUGCGCCUGCCAUGCUGCAGGGACUGUUAGGAUCGUUCAAGCUCCUCGCAGACAGUAACCGGCGGCAGGCGGAGCUCGUCAAGAAUGUGAUUGACAGCAUCCAGGGACGAGGGCCGCCGACGAUAGAUCCGCAGCUCGCGAUCUCAUACGUCCCUCGGAGCGAGUACGACUCUCUCAAGGCGCGUUAUGACGCACUAUUCACCACAAAUAGCAUCGCCACCGCUGUCGGCGGACCUGGCACAGCGCGGCGCGCACGCAUGACGCCCAAGAACCCACCUACAUUGGGACACCCGGAUGGCGAUGAGGACCGUACACGCGACACGAGCGGGACGCCGUUUGGCGAUGAUGAGAAGCGUGCCCGCAAACGGCGCUCGAUGAAACUUGAGCACCUCGUUCACAAAAUGGCGAACCGCCGUCUCGGCGUCGAGUACACCGUCUCCAGCUUCGAGGUCAAGGGAUCCAAGGAGCUGCCUAUGCCGGGCACGAUCGCACCAGAGGCAGACACGAGCCUGAACGGCGUCGACGAGUUCCGGCCCGACUUCCGCGCCGACGUCGGUGGUGCUGCAGUGAGGCCUUUCCUGGACGCCGUCACUGCAGACGUCAAGGACGCCUGGGGAGAGGGGUAUGCGGUGGACGAGCCCGAGGUCGACAAUGACCAGAUCGUCAAGGCCGUCACAACCUACUGGACGCGACUUAGCAAGCGCUACGACGAGCAGCUCAGCCGCGAACGCGGGGAGGUGCACAAGGACGAGCUCACACGCCGGAAGCAGAACCAGUACCGACGCCAGCAGAGCCUUGUCGCGCGCCGGGCGGCUGCUUUCGACACGUCGCCACUCAACCUGUGCAAAUUCCGUGCGCUUUAUCGUACGCUGUUGACGAUCGACUUUGCAGCCAUGACCAACGAGCGACCGGACCCGAAGCGCGAGUACACGACCGACGAAUGGUAUGCGUACCGCAAGAAGAGCGGACCGAGAGGGACGGACGCGCACGAGGUCGUCGACCAAUUUUGGCUCAGUGCACAGGUGCGCGCGCUGCUGGUUGCCCUCGACGCAUAUGCGUACGACCAGAACUCAAAAGUGAGGCGCAAGGGGCGGCCGAAGCAGCCGGCGCCGACGUUCCACCUCCCGCCAGAGCUGUGGGACCGCUCUCUAUUGCCAGUGCUCCGGAAGAAGCAGGCGGACGGGAUGCCACAGCCCACUGGCAACGGCAUCGUGCUGUUCAAGUUCCACGUCGACGAGAAGGUGCUAGAGCAGUAUCCCGACUGGGCAGCUGGCCUGUACGACACGCCGCCCGUGCCGGACGAGGACCGGCUCCUUCCAUCCCUCUCCGACGUCAUGAACGCGAACGCAUUCUACCACCUCAAGCCGCGGAUCAAGCAGCUGCGGUCGGAGUCUGUUGUGCUUCACAUGACGCCUGAGGAGGUGCAAGCGACGCUGGCCGACCCGAGCCUAGAGGAGACUCAGGCCGCAGUGGCGGCCGCGACGCUCGAGGACGACUUCACCGCCCUCGCGCCGGGCUACGACUGGAGCACUGGUCGCGGGUUGGAGAGUGUCAUCGCCAUGGCGGCAGGCUUCCAACCAAUCCAGCAGCCCAUCCUCCCUCUCAAUCUGGAUUUACCUGGCACGCAGCAUGGGCCCUCGCCAGGUAGCUCGGUUAGAGCGCGCAAGCAGGCUAAACGUAUGAUGUCCGAGGUGCCCGGGGGUGCGGCCACGCCUGUGCCCAAACGUCAGAAGACCGAAGGUGUGGGCGAGGUCGAGGGCGAGGCCGAGGUUGAGGUCGAUAUUGAGCUCAACGGCGACACGAGCUUCCUCGAUGCGUUGUAG